AUGAAUGUUGCAGCUGCUACUAUCUGUGCAGCGGUUGCAGUUGUUGCCGGCACCGUGUUUCAAAAUGUGGCCGCCAUAAAUACCAAGGGCACGACAGUGGUGAUAGAUGCUGGCAGUACAGGCACCCGGCUGUAUGUAUACACGUAUUCGUAUGGUUCCCCUGAGGACAGGGCUCCUCGUCGUUUGCAGGUAGAUGUGCCUGCGCUUGCGACUAAGAGGAUGAGCCCAGGGAUAGCAGCGUUUGCGGAUGAGGCGCUCUUGGGAGGCGUACGGGGUGCGACGGGGGAAGAGACAUUUGAAGAAGAGAAGGAAGGGGCGUCGUUGCCUCCGCUGGACAGUGCGCUUAGUGGGGAGCAGUUUCACAGCGAUUUAACACCGUGUAAAACAUUUCAAGGAUAUAUGCACAGGCUGAAGCGGGCGGCCCUUGAGGCCCUACCUACUUGGUCGGACAGAAGCCGAUCCCUUAUUCUCUUCCGGGGCACCGCAGGCGUGAGGGCCCUUCCCGAAGAUAAGAAAGAGGCUCUGAUGCAGGAUAUCUGCCAUACCCUCGAGCAUUGGGGGCUUUGGUACAUAAAAGGUACUUCGUGUGGAGUUCUUUCAGGACAUGAAGAGGGGGUCCUGGGCUGGCUUGCACUCAAUCAGCUGCUAGGCCGCAUGCAGGGGGACCUCGCUAUGGUGCGGCUUGUAAGCAAAGGGAGUCUCCAGAAGAGUCCUCUGGAAAAAGACGUCAAACCAGCGGUCCAGAAUGCAGAGACUGCUGCUAUGAUUGAAAUGGGGGGGGCGUCGGCGCAGGUGGUAUUCGAGCUGCCACAGUCUGCGCUAAAAGACGAGGAUCUAGUUGCAGCAGCGGCGGCUGCAACGGCAUUAGCUACAGCCGGAGUAUCCAAUGCCCACACGCCUAAUGCAGGAACGCGAAGUUCUUUUCUGUAUCCGUUAGAGGGCCAUGAGGACAUUAAGGUACUGAAGCUCCGUGGGCAGACUAUUCUGCUCUUCACCAGAAGCUACUUGGGGCUCGGUCGGCAGCUGGCACUUGUGCGGGUUACAGUGCGCAGUCUUCGCCUGCAUUAUGAGCAGCACAUAUCGCAUUUGCACAAGCAUCACCGUUUGUAUCCCUUCCCCUCUUCUCCGCUACUGAAGGAGGAAGCUGCGGCCUGGACUACGGAGGGCCUCUCCGGUGCGCCGCUGCUUCCGUCUGCCCCUCAGUACGAGGCGCCUCUUCCUUGUUUUCCAGCAGAUGUCAGGCUAUCUAUUGACCUCAAUAGCAGUCACUUCGUAUUCGAUGAAUUUCUACACCACGAUGCAGAUACAACAGACGCGGAGCAGGAGCAGGGGUCCAACGAUAGGUCCCUAUCCGGAGGAAAGGAGUCUUCUGUGUGUGGACAGGGCGCAGCCUCUGGUAGGGUGGACAAAAGGAGAGCUUGCGUCAUACGAACAACAGAUGCAGAUGGAGGUGAGGCUACUCCUUCAGCUGCCUCGCCGACUCCACUGGCUCAUAUAAACCCUCCUCAUGCAGCUACCUGGGAGAAAGUUAUGGCCAGCUCAGAUGUGGAGGCGAUAAAGGCGGAAUCCUUGGAUGAAGCAGAGAGAAUUAGGCGGAAAAGGAUUACAAGGGCCAGAGGGAUAGCAGAUUUUGAAGGAUGCCGCAAGUACGUCAUCCAAUCGCCGUCACGGCCUUCCUUCUCCAUCGCAUCCUUCCGUCGCAGCGCCGCCUCUUUGUGUGCCUUAAAGAACGUCAAGGAUGUGCUGAAAAGGAUUCACCCCUCAGCAGCAACCGAAAAAGCACAAACCGGUUGUUUCGGGCUGGUGCUGAUGGCACAGUUCUUAGAAGACAUUCUCCGACUAGAGGCAGAGAGAGAGUUGCUCGCAGUGAACGAAGUAAGGAGAGGAGCAUUGGAAUGGAGCGGGAGGGCAGGCGUGCGAAGGGACAGAGGGGAUGAUCAAUAA